UCUUAUUUAAAGGUGGCUAGUCGAGAGUCAUUCACUAUCUGACUUCACCAGAGCAAGAAGAACACAUCACCAGGAAUAAAUCCCAGAGCAUUUCAACAAACCAUCAGAAUGAAAUACACGCAGUAUACCUUCCUGAUGACCCUGAUCUCCAUUUUUGAUUACUCUUCUGCUCAGACCUCUUGUACAGUUGAAUCUUUUUCUGUGAAGGAGGACUUUGAUCCCAAGAGGUAUGCUGGUAAAUGGUAUGCCUUGUCCAAGAAAGACCCCGAAGGCCUGUUUCUACAGGAUAACAUCUCAGCUGAAUACACCAUUGAAGAGGAUGGCACUAUGAUUGCAUCUUCUAAGGGCAGAGUGAAACUUUUUGGAUUCUGGGUUAUCUGUGCUGACAUGGCAGCUCAAUAUUCAGUGCCCGACCCUACCACCCCAGCAAAAAUGUUCAUGAAUUACCAAGGCCUGGCAAGCUAUUUGUCAAGUGGAGGUGACAACUACUGGGUGAUUGACACAGACUAUGACAACUAUGCCAUUACCUAUGCUUGCCGCAGCCUGAAGGAGGACGGAUCCUGCGAUGAUGGCUAUUCCCUGGUUUUCUCCCGCAAUCCUCGUGGUCUGGCCCCAGCCAUUCAGCGCGUUGUGCGCCAGAAGCAGGAGGAAAUCUGCAUGUCUGGCCAGUUCCAGCCUGUGCUACAGUCAGGAGCCUGUUAAAGAAAGAAAAACUUCUGCAGGCCUGAGUUGGAGCAGAGGCCCAGCUUCUGCAUCUUGAAGUUGUUUCCCACAUAUAGUUUGGAUUAGAGCCUUGUCUCAAACACGCCUAAGUGUUGGUUUGUUGCUUCUGUUUUGCUUUUUUGCACUUGGGUAUACCACACACCUGUGUAACCUCGAAGAAUGGUACAAUGUAAUAUUUGUCAAUAAAUGUUUUUAAGUAAUCUUUUAAA